AUGCGGUAUCUAGUGUGUAGCCGUCAAGGCGUGCGAGGUGGUGGGAAACGCACAGUUAAUGAGGGCGUCGAUGCUGGAGGUGAUAUGAACAAACAAAGAUGGCGAAGGAUUUCUAACCAGGUUGAAUGCAAUGCAAAGAUGUGUUUGAGGAAGGACCAUACCGGUGAGUUCGUGGUGUCAAUUUUUGUAGAGGAACAUAGUCACAGUUUGUGCACCGACCCUUCUAGAGCAUUCAUGCGGGGUAACCGAAAGCUAGAUGUGGCGCAACCAGCAUUUAUCGCUAAUUGUAUCAAGUCUAAUAUUGGGAAGUCUAAGGGCUUUAGGUUGUACAAGGAGGGUGCUAGAGGGUUCGCUAAUGUUGAUGCUACUAGUAUGGAGUUCCAUAAUUUUAGACGGGACCUUCAAGCAUAUGUUGCGGGUGGUGACGGAGAGUUGAUAAUUAAGAAGUUCACCCAGAGAUGUGAAGUUUGUGACGAUUUCGUUUUUGAUUACCAUUUUGAUUCACAGAAUCGGUUAGCACGCCUGUUUUGGGCAGACCCGGUGUGCCGGACAGAUUAUUCCCUGUUCGGUGAUGUUAUUUCGUUUGGUGCAACUUAUGGCACGAACAGGUACUGUUUGGUGUUUGUGCCAUUCACCGGGGUCAACAACCACAAACGUUGUGUUACUUUUGCAGCGGGGCUACUAACCAAGGAGGAUAUCGAAUCGUAUACAUGGUUGUUGGAGAAGUUCAACACUAGGAUGGGUCAUAGUCCCCGGUGUGUUGUAACUGAUCAAGACCCAGCUAUGCAGAUUGCCAUUGAGCGGGUUUUACCAGAAUGUAGGCACCGGUUCUAUAUGUGGCACAUCAUGACCAAGGUUGGCAAGAAGAUUGGUCCUGAGUUAGCAAAGGACGAGGUUUUUCACCGCCGAUUGAAUGGUAUUGUGUGGAGUGAUAAGAUCUGUGCUGAUGAGUUCGAGGUGCAGUGGAAUGUGUUGAUGGAGGAGUACUGUCUAGCGGACCACCGGUGGUUAUGCAAACUGUACGCGGAGAGGAGUUUUUGGAUCCCCGCUUUUUUUAUGGACUUGCCUAUGAGUGGGCUGCUACGUACCACAUCUCGUUCUGAAGCUCAAAACAAUGUGUUUGGCCAGUUCACCCGCCCACAUUCGAGUCUUGUCGAGUUUUAUGUGCAGUUUGAGAGUGUCUUGGAGGCUUAA